AUGGUAGAGAAAGUGGAGGACGCUGACCGGGAUAUCAAGCCGAUUGGCGAGCCAUUUAGGUUUUACGGCAAGGGGAGAGGGCGGAGGUGCCAUUACAAGGCCUUCGAGUCCGAAGGAAUUCAAUAUGCGCUCGAGGAUACUGUUCUUGUGGUCCCCGAUGAAACCAAGCAAAAACCGAAUGUGGCUAUUAUCAAGAUCUACGAUAUUGCUCAAACCAGUGAUGGAAGCAUCAUGGUUACUCGGCAACGGUUUUAUAGACCUGAAGAGAUAGAGAACAAGGGAGAUGGGAGUUGGCAGCCGUGUGACCCUAGAGAGAUCUUUUAUAGUUUCCGUCGAGACGAGAUUCCCGCAGAGUCUGUGAUGCACAAGUGUGUGGUGCAUUUCGUUCCAAUUCACAAGCAAAUCCCUGAUCGAAAAGAGAAUCCUGGAUUCAUAGUGCAACAAGUUUAUGACACUAUUGAAAAGAAGCUAGGGAAGUUGACUCACAAGAAUUAUGAAGGCCACAAACAACUAGAGAUAGAUAUUCUCCUUCAGAAAAGCUUGCGACGCUUGGGAGAUCUCUCGGAUUUCAAUACGGAGGAUGCUCAUCCUGAUCAGGAAGAUCAGUUGAAGAGAAAAAGGAUCUUUGGAAGAAGGAAUGUGUAA